AUGGCAAGUGGAUAUGGGAAAGACCAGCUGACCAAGUCCUAUGAUCACGCAAUUCUCGCUCUUUUCAAUCUUCUCCGAUCGGCCAAUAGAAAUCGAGAAAUUAAAGAUCCUGGACAGCCUGCUGAUUCAUAUUAUCAGGUUCGGCCUGAAUGCACGGAUGUUCCGAAAACCAGAUUCAAAAUCAAGGCAGGUAAAACUCUUAGUACAAGGAAAUGGCAGGCAGCAUUUACUCCAGAAGGUUACCUGGAUAUAAGCAAGACCCUUAGGCGAAUCUACCGUGGGGGGAUUCAUCCAUCAAUUAGAGGAGAAGUUUGGGAAUUUCUACUUGGCUGUUAUGAUCCUAAGAGUACCUUUGAUGAAAGAGAUCAGAUACGGCAGCGUAGAAGGAUACAAUAUGGUAGGUGGAAAGAAGAGUGCCGCCAAAUAUUUCCUGUUGUUGGAAGUGGCGAAUUUAUUACAGCGCCGGUAAUCACUGAAGAGGGUCAGCCCAUUCAAGAACCGUUAGUAAUUUUAGAAACAAAUCAAGAUAGAGGCCCCUCUCAAGAUGGUAAUUUUGCUGAUGCCAAUGGCUCAAAUCAAUCAAGAACAAAUAUUUCCAGUUCAGAAAUGGUUAGAGACCUGACUAGCCGUGGUCCUUUGGACCAGAAAGUGAUCCAGUGGCUGCUUACCUUACAUCAAAUAGGUCUUGAUGUGCAUCGCACUGACAGGACGUUGGUGUUUUAUGAGAAGAAAGAGAACUUGUCAAAACUUUGGGAUAUUCUAGCUGUUUAUGCCUGGAUCGAUACAGAUGUCGGCUAUUGUCAAGCUUCUGAUGUGGUCGGAAUGAGUGAUCUUUGCUCACCCAUGAUAAUGCUUCUUGAAGACGAAGCAGAUGCGUUUUGGUGUUUUGAACGAUUGAUGCGCAGAUUGCGAGGAAAUUUCAGAUGUACCGAGAGCUCUGUUGGAGUGGAGACACAACUUAGUAAUUUGGCUGAAAUUACUCAAGUUAUCGAUCCAAAACUUCAUCAACAUUUAGUUCCUAGUUCUGCCCCUUCAAGUUUGGGUGGUGUCAUAGAUUUGAUGCACAAUAUUCUAGAUGCACUUGGUGGAGGUGACUAUUUAUUUGCUUUCCGCAUGCUCAUGGUCUUGUUCCGUCGAGAAUUUUCAUUUUGUGAUUCGCUCUACCUUUGGGAGAAAACUUGUUCUAAACUGAUAAUGGUUCAUCACCAAGCUGUGGAGUUUAUUCAUAACUUCAGAACGAAAGACAGUGAAGGACAAAUCUUAGGUCCUCCAAAAUAUCUGCUGAGCCAGAUGAUGUGGGCCCUUGAAUACGACCCUGAUUUGUUCUCUAUAUACGAAGACCCAGAGUUGAAUUUUGACAAAGCUGAGGGAUCUAAGGGACGGGCAAAGUCAAUACGGCACUAUGGGAAGUUUGAAAGGGAAAAUAUGAAAAACGGGGCUGCAAAUUCUGAAAGCCCCCUCCCCAUCUCUAUUUUCCUUGUUGCCAGUGUAUUAAAAGAUAAGAGCUCUAAGCUAUUGCAGGAAGCUCGGGGCCUGGAUGAUGUUGUCAAGAUAUUGAAUGACAUGACUGGAAAUUUAGAUGCCAAGAAAGCAUGCACCGGUGCAAUGAAACUUCACAAGAAAUAUUUAAAAAAGAAUUCAUUUGGGACUUGGAAGAGGAAUGUGAAUUCGCUGAGUGAUUGUUUUGGAGAUUUUAAAGUUAGUUUUAUGGAUCAAACGGGCACGACCCAUGGAGAGGCGGGGACCCAUCUAAUUAAAAGGCAAAGCGUUGAGUAUGGUAUCCUCAAGAUGAGGAAUACCUCUAUGCAUUUUGAGGAGAGGCAGGUUUUUCCUUCUUUUGAAGGGAAGGAGGUUGUUUCCUUUUUUGAGGUUCAGCUUUUAACUGAAAGAGUUGAGACUUCAAUAGUUAUAUUGAAUGAUGAGGCCUUCAUCCCUGCUAGUGAGCCCUCUGUUCAAACUAGAGAGACUCUCUACGUCAUUAGAUAA